CUGAAACUCAAAAUCCGUUUGAUUGUGUUUGAAAUCGACAGCAGUGCUAAUUGCUGAAUUUUUUAUUGAAACUGAAAAGGUUUUUGAUAGUGCUUAAGCUGUCUCAUCCAAAUUUAUCAAAAUAAAUAUUAUGAAUUGAUACCGGUAUUGUUUAUUAAUAAGUAAGUAAAUACUUGUUGGGUGUGGUAGCUCUUGCGGCGGAGUCUGUCAUGAUUGAGAAUGAGGAUGUGAAUUUUGGUGAUGCCAAUAUUCACUGCAAAGCUGAAAAUGUGAAGAAUGAGAUAGAUAUCAAUGAAGGAAUUCGCAUAAAAGAGGAACUCCCAUUUGUCAAGAACGAGUUCUUGAAUGAAGAUGCAGUGGACCCACUCCUACCAAAGACUGAGCCUGUUGAAUCCUGUUUUAUUGGAAAUUCUCAAAUGGAUAGCGACGAAUUCAAACGUUUUGGCCAUGUGGCAGUUGUAAGUCUAUGCAGAUUGGAAGAUUUAGCCUCAGAUGUUGGAUGGUCCUUGGAAGUCCAAUCGUCCAAUCAAGAUGACGAACCAUCAGUUGAAGGAGAAUCUAGUAACAGUUCAGAAGGAAGGCUGCAGUUGAGCUGUUUGAGAAAGUAUCGCAUCAAUAGAUCAGAGAGAGGAGGAGAUGCUGCCACCAUUCAAAAGUCCAAGCACAGGAACAUCAAAGCCUAUCAUUGCAGCAGGUGUAAGUUCACUUGCCUGACAAAGAGUCAACUGAAAGAUCAUCUACAGAGUCACGGAAAGGCAAAGCAUGUAUGUUCAGUUUGUGAAUACAUGACGCAAGAUUCUUCUCUAUUUGCAAUACAUUCCAAGAUUCAUGAACGUGGAAAACCACCUUACAAGUGUGAUAUAUGUGAUUAUAAAACCAUAGAAAAAUCAAAGUUCAUAAUACACUGUAGAAGGCACACUGGAGAGAAGCCCUUCACUUGUGACAUAUGUAAUUCCAAAUUUGUUCGUAAAUGGAAUUUGGCUGUACAUAUUGCAACACACACUGGAAUAAAACCAUAUAAGUGCGAAAAGUGUGAUUACAAAGCCACCACCAGAGAUUCUUUGAAAUCACACAUUGAACGGAUUCAUUUUAGCAAACAGAUUCAAAUAAAGAACUUCUUUUGUAGUCAGUGUGAUUCAGAAUUUUUUUACCGGUCAGAUUUGUUAGACCAUGAAAGGUGCAUUCAUAAAGAAAAGCCUUACUGCUGUGAUCAAUGUGACUACAGGGCUGCAUCUUCAUGUGGUCUGUCAAAUCAUAAAAAAACUCAUUGUCCUACUGAUGAAAAGCCUUACACAUGUGAGAUUUGUGGUUUCAAUUGCAAUGCUUUAGGAAAUUUAAAAACUCAUAUUAGAACACACACUGCUGAAAAACCGUUCAAAUGUGAUAUUUGUGGUUUCAAAUGCAAUGGUUCAGGAAAUUUAAAAACUCAUAUUAGAACUCACACUGGUGAAAAACCGUUUAAAUGUGAUAUUUGUGAUUACAAGAGUGCACAGUCAUCCUCUUUGAAAAAACAUGUUCGAAUUCAUCAUACUGGUGAGAAGCCAUUUAAAUGUGAUAUUUGUGACUACCAGAGUUCAGAUUCGUCAACUUUGAAAUACCAUGUUAGAACUCAUCACACUGGUGAAAAACCGUUCAAGUGUGAUUUUUGUAAUUACAGGAGUGCACUAUCAUCCUCUUUGAAAAAUCAUAUUAGAACUCAUACUGGUGAAACACCAUUCAGAUGUGAUAGCUGUGAUUACCAGGGUGCACAACUAUCCAAUUUAAAAAUGCAUAAAAGAAAGCAUCACAAAACAUAAUUAUGAGCUUUCACAUAGUGGGCUUACCCUAAAUAGAAUUUCUGUCCCUAUUUCAGUUUUAUAAAAUUCCCGCCAAAUCCUGCAGGUGGACCAGAAAUAUUAAUUUGCUUCUUUGUUUUGUAUCUAUAAAAUUAUAGCAAAAAUCAUCUGUGCCAUUCUUUAAAAUUUCAAAAUAGAAUUACCUCAAUUUUGGCUCCAAUUUCAAUGUGAAGGUAUAUUAGGGCUGUCAUUUCACAGUAAGCUACCUACUGAAUCGAUGAAAACCCUCUGAUGUUAAUUUGUAUGUUCGUCAAAAAUAAGUUCCGCUAUGGUGUAGUAUGGUCUACUCGUUAAUUGAAAAUAUUUAUUUUUCUUAAUUUAUUGUCAUUAUACUAAGAUCCAAGGUACUAAAUAAAUGGUCCACCCCCAUUAAGUCUGCUAAAGCGAACACAUUUUUCUAAAAGAAUGUACCGUAUUUAAUAAUUGGAAUCGCAAUAAAUAGAGCCAAAUUCAUAUUCAAGUGACCUUUUACCUAUAAAGGUAUAUUGACCGAUUACAAACGUUAAUUAUAAUAAAACAUAUAGUUCAAUUCAACUGAGCUGCAGUUAUAUUUCAUCUUGGUAACUACUGGACUUCUACACGUCUGGACUUCUACUUCAUGAUUAAUGCUUGUUACAAUAUGUGUUAUUUAAUAUUUCUUAAAAUCAAAUCUGUCAGGCUUCGUUAACCAUACAGCUCUCUCAUUCCCAUGCUUGAGGAUUGGCUGUUUAGCUUCUUGGUGUAGAAAAUAUUUCCAAUUGAAAAUGCUGUCUUCAUUAACUGAAAAAAGAGCUUGAGGUAAUCACUUUCCAAAUUGACAAUUCCAAAUUCCAAUUGCAAAUUGACGAUUUACUUGGUACAGCCGAGUUAUGUAUCAGUACAAUAUUUCAAUUCAUCGAUACUGAAGAUUGGAUUGGUGUAUUCUAAAAUUCAUGUUAUAUUAUUGUUAGACAAAUAAGAGGAAGAAAGAUUUGAUUUUAAAGAGGAGGAAGAGAGGAAUUAGGGAAAAGCAAUUAGAGGAGAGGAUACGAAAUUUAUUCAUUGUAAGUAUAGUGUGAUCAUUAGUCAACAUAAAUAUUUAAUUCAACCUCUCUUCCAUAAUAUAGUUGCGAGAUUCAAUUCAGCAUUUCUCUUCACAACAUAAAUGUUUCCCAUCAAACCAAUAUGCUGACAGUUUAUUAAAGUGAAUAUCACUAUAACAGUAGCCUACAGCAAUAUUAAAAAACUCUUUUAUUAAUUCUCUAGCCAAAACUGAUGAAUAUUUUUUUCUUUUUGCAAUUUGUACUUGUUUUCUUCCAUCUUUGCUUGAAAUCUUUGAAGUGUCAUAUUUAUUUUGUCCAAGCUUAUUUAACUUUUGUAACUUGUUUUUCUGUAACUGGGCACCUGCCGAAAAACCUUCGGGUUUGGCAGGACCCCAAUUAUUGUUUAAAUUGUGAAUAAAAUUUUGAUUUGAUUUUUGAA